AUGCCAGGAAAGCCAAGUCAAUCACCAACUGUUCAGUUGGCACUUAGUGAACUUGAUAUUCUUAAGGCUAUUCUCGAAUUUCUUCAACUUAGAGGACUCCACAUAACUCAACUCUCAUUAGAAAGAGAGACUGGAGUAAUCAAUGGCGAUUUUUCUGAUGAUCUGUUAUUCCUGCGGCAGUUAGUUUUAGAUGGACAAUGGGAUAACGCUUUAGAUUUUGUUGAGCCUUUGAAAACAAUACCAGAUUUCGAUUUUCAAUCCUUUAGAUAUAAUAUAACAAAAUAUAAAUUUUUCGAGUUAUUAUGUGUCAAAUUAGAACCUGGACCUUUGCAUGAUAAUGAUUUUGCUGUUGAAGAACUUGUUGAAUGCUUGAAAGAUCUCGAACAUAUAUGUCCAUCUCCGGAGGAUUAUCGGCAACUAUGUGCUUUAUUGACAUUACCAAAGUUAUCUGACCACUCUGAUUUCCAUAAUUGGAAUCCGAGUUCAGCACGAAUGGAAUGUUAUCACAAGGUUGAGCCUUUUGUGAGCCCGUAUUUGCCUCCAACAGGCAGAGAGAAAUGUGGUUCAGCAUCAAGGAACGAUCGUUUACUUUCAUUACUAGCAAAGGGUAUAUUUUAUGAAGGAUGUGUUGAUUAUUGUCAGUCGCAAGCUGUGGGGGAUGUAAAAGGCUUAGAGAAUGGACCCCAACCUACGAGUAUAUUAGCUAAUAGAGUUAGAUUGUCAUCUACUGAUCUCUCACUUGUGUCUUGGCUUGAAAUGGUCGGUCGGGAACAGUUCACCAUGCCUUUUCAACAGAAACAACUGGAUUUACGGAUUGAUAACUUGAGAAAACCCAAGCUAGAAGCGCAGUGGACAGAAACAAUUUUGGCCACACCAAUAAAGCCAGGUGGACAGUUUCCGCAUUCAAUGGUUCCUAGUACGAAGAUGAAAUUUGCUGAAAAAAUGAGCCAGUCCAUAGCAAUGCUGCCAAUGUCUCUAAGUAUGACUACAAGUGCAUUUCCUGCUGUAGCAAGCCGUCAACCAAUGUCACAAUCUACAGCUCCUGGCUUCUGUCUGGGAAUUGGCGAAGCAGGUGGAGAUGCUAUGAUUCAAAGUCAACUGAUUGAUAAUUUGAUGGAGACAAGCGAGUUAACUAAAAGUAGCCGGCCAGAUGCCAAUAGGGCUUUCCAACAAAUCAAUUUGCCUCAAAACCCAAACGCCAUGUCUGUGGCUCCUCAAGUAGUAGGUCCGACUAUGGCUCAAAGUAUGCUUGGUGGAACAUUUGAUUUUACUCCUAUGAGGCGCCAACUCGAUGAAAUGACUAGAAGAUCUCUACCUCCUCCAUCUUCACAGAGACAAUCUUCUUUACCUCCUGUUCCUGAGUUGAAUACACCUCCUUCAGGAGCAGAAGAUAACAUUAUGACUCAAAGUCGUCUGUUCCAGGAGUUCUCUAGUAAAAUACGACCCCAGCAAAUGCAGUAUAGGGCACCUGCUCCAAUUCCCCAACCCUUACCUGUGCAACCUGUCCCUGUUCAGCCAGUCAUGCAAUAUCCCAUACCAUAUGAUCAGAACUCGAUGAAUAUGCCAACGUUAAUGAGUAAUGCACCGAUGAACACCAAUCCUCAUAUGCUUGGUCCCGGCAUGAUGAAUCGUCCCCAAUCAAUGGUAUCAACAGGAUCGUCUACGAUGAGCUCCCAAAUGUUACCUAACCAAUCACGUCCCAUAUCAAUGCCCCCAACAGGCACUUCGGGGAUGAAUGUCCAGUUUGUUCCUAUUUGCAAAUAUGAGGACAGUCAAGCAAUUCGUGCUGUUGCUUUUCAUCCAACUGGAAAAUACUUUGCGGUGGGAACAAACUCGAAACAGCUACAUAUGUUCCGUUAUCCUGAUACGAGACAAGUUCGUUAUAAUGAACCGUUACGUAAUCCGGAACUUUUAAUAUCGAGGCCGAAACAGCAUAGAGGAUCUGUCUACUGUCUUGGAUUCAACCCUACCGGUGAAUUACUAGCUACUGGAUCUAAUGACAAAACUAUCCGCUUGAUGGCUUUUAACUCGGAGCAAUGCAAAAUAGGAGCUGAAAUGGAAUUUUCUGUUCAUGAUGGAACGGUUAGGGAUUUGAUUUUCUUAGAAGAUACGAUGCAUCGUACAUCUCUAUUGAUUAGUGGAGGAGCUGGAGUUUGUAAUCUUUAUGCAACAGAUUGUACCACAGGACAAGUGGUUCAACCAAUGCAAGGACAUAUAGCUCCUAUUUUGGGAUUGUACACUUGGGCCACUAACAGUCAUCAGUUUGUUUCAUGUUCACAGGACAAAUCGAUCAGAUUCUGGGAUAUCCGUAGUUCACAGUCUGUAAACGUUAUCCAUCCAACUGCAUCAAAGUCGCACAGUGCUCCUGUAACGUCGGUCUGUGUGGAUCCGUCUGGUCAAGUAUUAGUAUCAGGACAUGAAGAUGCAACCGUUGUUCUUUACGAUAUUAGAGGAGGAAGAGUGUUACAGUCGUUUAGGCCGCAUGGUGAUGAAGUCCGUACUGUUAGGUUUAGUAAUGCAGCAUAUUACUUAUUAUCAGCUAGUUAUGACAAGAGAGUAGUUAUCACGGACAUGAGAGGAGAUUUGUUAGCUCCACUAAUGUACUUACCAGUUGCGGAGCAUACGGAUAAAGUUAUUCAAUGCAGAUGGCAUCCUUUCGAUUUCUCUUUUAUAUCUUCUAGUGCUGAUAGAACAGCCAUUCUAUGGUCAUUACCAACAUUGGGAGGAUAUCAAUAA